AUGGGAAAAUCAAGAAGAAGUACACACAAACGUAUGGAAGAAAUGAAACGACUUGCGCUUUUAGAUCCCGAUCUUAUACUCGAUGAAGAUGCUAUCUUUAUGUUGCAACCUACUCGUCGCAAAUACACUCGUCGCCCUAAAUACGAUCUCCCACCUGACGAUCGUCAUAUGACAACAGAUAUAUCUGAAGUUAUUGAAAUCAAGCAGGGAGCCGGCCCCGGAAGAAAGCGUCAAAAAAAACAAGAGGACAUGCUUGAUUCUAACGAUUGUAAUGACUCUAAUGAGCCGACCCCCGAGGAAGUCAAGGAGCAAAAGGCUUCUUUUGAAAGAAAGAAAAAGGUCGAUUUGGAAUUUCGAUGGCACAAUGUACUCAAAACCUUGUGUACCAGCUACCUGAUCUUUGUUGGUCAGCAAGGUGGUCUACCAUCCAUCGAGACCAAAUCUCCUUCUGCUUUUGAGUGCGAUUGUGCUAAAAAAGUAAUUCUGACAAAGACUGUCAGAAUGUACUUUUUGGUCGAGAUCAAGGAUGCACCAGUAAGUUACUGCAGCUGCAAGCGCUUGCCGGAAGCAUUAAUGUUGAUGGGUAUGUUUCCUUCUUCUCCCUCAAACCCCAAAAGUGCUAUCCAUUUGGGUUUGUUGGGCUACUUCAAUGAAGUUCGAAAUACCCUGAAGUCUUCUUCUGAGGGUAUUGCGAAGUUGUACAAUAACUUACGGGGAAACCCCGUCCAGAGCUGUUUGUCAGCCAAGCAGUGCAGAAAUGUAUUAUAUAUGUACAACCGACUUCUUUUGGCUGUUGAUAAAGAGGUCAACCAACGAACAUAA